CCGGGCGCAGCGGCGCCGCGUCCCCCGCAUCCUCCUCUUCCUCCUCCUCCUCCCGAGCGCCGGGGCAGCGCGGGGAGCGGGCGAUGGCCGAGCUGAAGUCUCUGGGCGGCGAGGCGUACCUGUCGCUGCCGCCGGGCUACGGGCCCUCGGCGUUCGCCUUCGGGGCGGUGCGCGGAGAGGCGCCGCGGGCUCCGGGCUACGAGCGCCCCGGCAAGGAGAGCAGCGGCGAGCAGAGCGGCGACGAGGAGGACGGCUUCGAAGCCGGAGGGAAAGGCGGCUCGGGCUUCGAGAGGGAGGGCAAGGUGAAGGGGGCGGCGGUGGGCAAGAAGCCGAAGGAGCAGCGCUCGCUGCGGCUCAGCAUCAACGCGCGGGAGCGGCGGAGGAUGCACGACCUCAACGAUGCUCUGGACGGGCUGCGCUCCGUUAUCCCUUACGCCCACAGCCCUUCGGUGAGGAAACUCUCCAAAAUCGCCACGCUGCUCCUGGCCAAGAACUACAUCCUCAUGCAGGCGCAGGCGCUGGAGGAGAUGCGGAGGCUGGUGGCUUAUCUGAACCAGGGCCAGGCGCUCGGCGCCCCGCUGCCCGCCGCGCUCAGCCCCUUCGCGCACUCGCCCGCCUUCCCCUUCGGGGGCGCAGCCCUGCCCGGCUGCCCCGAGAAAUGCACUGCCUUCACCGGAGCCGCCUCUGCCCUCUGCAAACACUGCACUGACAAGCCCUGACUCCGGCCUCCGGGGGCGUCAUUCUUUUUAUUUAUUUAUUUUUUAAUUCCGUGCACUUUUUUUUUGUUCUUUCCGCGACCGGCCCCGGCUUCCUACCGGCAGCUAAGUCUGGGUUUUCUUUUUGUUUGCCUCUCUUAAAUAGCCUUUGCCCCGUUUGGAAGUAUUUGGACCCGCAAAAGCACCCGCUUUCAACUUUUCUUUAGUUGCCCCCCACGUGCGACUUCAUCUGUAGAGUUAUUCCCUUCGCAGCCUCUUAGACUGUGAGCAUCGUGUGGCUUCUCUGCUUGCUCUGAUCCACGAAGUUUUUUUUGAGCGUUUUGUUCAUUUUUAACUAAACUCUAGGAGAACAGGGAAGGAGAGAGAGAGAUCUGGAAAUGGAGAUGAUGAGAGUUUUCUUUGGCGUGAUCGACCUGUGUUAAAAGUAGCUUGAAAAAAAAAGGGGGAGAGAAGCAAAAUCCAGCUGCAAAACUAUGCAAUGUUUCUGAAUCACGGGGGGAGGUAUCCUAUGUAGCGAGCUGGGGUUGGACUGCACCCGCAAAUCCAAAUGAAAAUGACAUUUCUUGGGAGGGGGCGGUCUGGUGCUCUCGAUAAAACAGUAAAUGCUUUCGAAUAAGAUGCUUUUUUCUUUUUUUUAAAAAAAAAAAAAUUCUUGAACUGAGGGAACCUGUGAUUGUACGCUAACGCUUGCUUUUUACCUAUUUCUCAGCUCGGUUGAGUUUUCCAGAUGAUUUUCCAAAGUCAUUGCCCAUCAUGAUAAAGCAAAAGGUCACUUAACAUAUUUAUAUGUAUUUAUAAUAAAUAAAAGACAUGCGUAACCACUUUCUUUGUCCUACAUGUCUCUAAAACCAGUUGGCAGUCCAAGCCAAACACCUGCUGAAGUGAGGUAAAGCAAAGUCAGAUGUGGCAGGAGGAGCGGCUGUGUGCAGUUAGGUGAAAGAUUGGAAUACUACGGGAAAAACUUGUGGACAUUCAUUCCUUAUCAGCAGGGAUUUGGUUUCUCUCCAGUUUCUCAUUAAUCAUGGGCAUGCAAUUAAAAAAUGUUGUUUAUGCCUGACAUUUAGAGCUAAGUAGGUAUUUAGGUUGUGUGUUUUGACACCUGCUGGAGAGCGCUGUGCUCUGAAAAUGGUGUUUGAGAGGGGUUGGUAUAGCAUCAAGCUUCGCUCCGAGGACACCCAUGUAAAACAUGGCAAGGAAGAAAAUCCCUUUAAGAUUCAGCUUAUCCUUUUGGCUCGGUUUUCUGUUAUAUCUAAAGUGUGACCCUAGCCCUCUGUGUGGGGUUUGGGCCACUUGAUAUCCUGUCUAAACUCAUAAUCUCUUGCCAGGUAUCGCCUGUGUUGGUCCAAGUUGCAAAGUCAGUCCCUCGCUGGCGAAGUUUCUUGAUGUGGCUUGUGUUGGUUUCCUUUGGUUUUCUGUUUUCCGAUGUUUAACGCUUUGGUGCCUUGUGUUCUUUACUAGUCAGUAUAGAAUAAUAAUAAUAAUAAUUGAGGUGCAUUUGAUGAUUUCUGUUCAGAUUGGAAUACCCACCCAAUGUCAGAGCAACCGCGCAAACUGGUACAGCCGCAGCCUGAGGGGGUAGAGCUGUCUGUGCCCAUUUGUCUUAGGAGGAGGGUGGAACUAUUUAGGGUUAUUAAACCAAUUUCCAUGCCUGUCGCUAGUGUUAUGCUAAUUUGAAAAGGACUGCCAUCCUUCUAAAGCUGCUUGUCUAUGGCACUUACUUUUAAUUAAUACGUUUCCAAAAGACUUUUUGUGUUUGGAAAACGAAGUGUGUGAUUAAGCCUCGUUCAUAAAGACGUAUGUUUAAAACUGGUUGCUGCUGAUUUCCAUUUUUAUAUCUUCAUUUCUUCUUGUUUUACAGAAUAAGUUUUGCAGAACAGUUUGUCUGUUGUACCUUUGUCCGUAAAAGAAAAUCUUGAACAUACUCUUAAAAGGCAUCUGAUGAAGCAAAAGCCGACCAAAACCACUACUGAAGCAAAAAUGACUGGAAACUGCAAAUCAGCAAAGGUCAAUUUUGCAGACUGAGUUGAUGCUAGAUAAUAUUUUGAAAACAAGGUCAGUUUAACAAAGAAUCAUGGUUUUUAGCUAAAUGUUUAUUACUUCUGGUUAAAAUAUAGAAGAAUGAGGUUUUAAAUGGAUAUUAGUUUAACUCUUCAUUUUUCACCAGAACUAAAGUAGUUGGAGAAUAAAGUAUUUAACAGCUUAAUAUUAAAUAUGAGUUUCUUUUUUUUAAAGACUUACACUAAUAAUAAUGGGAUUUUUAAGUGCUUCUUUCUCAAAUAAUUAUGGCAAAAAAAAAGUGGUUCACUAAUUUCAGAGCCUGAAAGUCUUCAUAGUCUUAGAGAUGAGCUGGAUUUGGAGCAAUGGGCUUUAGUACAGUGAUUGUUUAAUUCUUUCCUUAUAAUUUAUAUGAGUAAAAUCUUGCUUAUACCUAGAAUCCUAAAAAUCCACCUUCUGACAGUCCUUCAAAUAUUCAGAAGGCUCUUUCAGAGCCCACUUUGAAUUAAAUGAUCUCAGGAGGCUGAGUGUGGGGUUCCAAAUGCAGAAGGUAAAACCUGCAUUAAAGAAAAACUUGAUUGAAAAAAUAGUAGGCUUGAGUAUCUGAGUGCUGUUAAAGGGGUAGGUACUGAAAACAGAAAUGUAGAAUUUAUCAAAGCAAUGCUAGAAGAACUUCUAAAUUAUUAUUAAAAUUGACCUUAAAGUACAAGGCUUUUAAUUCAAAGGGAAAAAGAAGUCCAAUUGUAACUUUUCCUGCAACAAAUGAAUGACAAACUAAAGUGAAGUUCACUAACUUAACCUGAAAGUUCAGUCCUGUGAGUUGCUUCUGGCUGCCACAAAUCCGUAGGGUUUUAAUUCUUCUCGUCCCGAACUGAAAACCAUACAGAGCCAUUGGCGUCUCCCGUUGCCAGGAAGGCACGUGUUUUGUUGUGAUUUGUGCUUUGUGCUGAGCUGCUGCUAAAACCACUGCCAAGGGAAUGCCGUAUAGUGCUGGAAAGAGGGUUUUGUUGGGAGGGCAUAAACUGGCGUCUGAUUAUUGCGUUUAUGCGUGAGGAGUGUUGGUGCUAACCUCGCAAACGUGCGUGGAUAUCCUGGCGAUCAGAUCCCAGAACUUGUCAUUUGGGUUUUCCCAUUCUCUGGCAUAUGAAAAAAACCACUUUAUUUUUGUGUACCGUGUACGGUUUUAAGUGUCUGCUUCUUGUUGGUGUUUCAGAAAAUAUAAAGAGGGGACUUCAAAGUGCUGAAGAUCUUUUUUUCUGCUCAAAUGCUCUUGUUAUAAUGCCUGCUUUUUUUUUCAAGAAGGAUUUAUGGCGUAUGCUCAGAUGGAACUGAAAUACAGAUCGUGUGUUCUAAUGUACUCGGUAUCCUGGUAUGUUCAUACUUGGAAGAAAAUAUAAUGCCAACUUGAAUUAAAAGAUAAUAUAUUGUUUUCUAACCUAAGUUGGUUUUCUUUGAACUUCAAGAAUGAUCAGCAUGAGGCAUCAUUAGGAAGACUUGGAAAGAGGAGAUGCUGCUCUGCUGUCUGUUGCUUUUCUUAAGCUGUGUAAUUCUAGUUACUAACAAAAACUAACGUUUUACUAACCGAUAUAUGUAACCUUACUAACAGGGAGUUGGAAAUUGCUGUCGGUUUGCACUGCAUCAGUCAAGAUUUACCAUCAGUGGUCUUGAGCUUGCAAGUUGGAAUCUCAGUUUAACAAAAUGCAGGGAAGCAACAGGUUUGAAGAUGGAGGGCCUGGAAGGUGGCUCUCUGCUUCAUAUAUCAGCGAAAAGGGAAAUCUAUUAGAGAUCCUAGAAAGAAGCCAUGAGAAUCGUGCAGUUUUGCUUGUUCGUUAAUCUGUACAGCUGAUUUUCUGACCUACUGUCACAAUAACUGAACGUUGCCGAGCGUGCGUCUGAGACUUUAGAAAGCGAUUGGCUGUUGCUCUGGGAUUGUUUUGAGGGAAUUGUUCUUUACAUAGACAUUUUGAUGAUUUCCAUUCUCAAAUAGCAGUAGACAUUUUUCCAAGGGUGAGAUGAAUGUAGGGCCCAAUCCUGCUGCUGUUUGACCGGUUGGCAGCAUUUCUGGUGAUCUCAGUGACAGGGAGAUGGAGCCUGAUGCUCCAAAGCGUUGGUUUCCAAAACCAGCGUAAUGCUGCCUUCUUUAAGAGGCUCCAGAGGACCAGAAAAUUCUGCACAAGCUUUAUCCCUUUACUGUAUUAGCCUGGCAGCAGAGCUGCAAAGCAGAGGACGUGGUGGAUAAAGACCUCACUUAAAAGCUUUCACAGUUCUUCAGCCCAAACCUGCUUAUUGCCAGCUCAGCAGCGAGUCGCGCUGCCGCUCCUGCGUGGAUGGGUUCUCGCACACAACGGGUUUCUAGUUGAGUUUGCCACUACUCAGAUUAUUUAGCUCACACCUUAGGAGAACAAAACCAAGCAUUCCACAUUGCACUUUUCCCUCCUAUAGCCUAUGCUCAAACACGUGUGUUUCCUGAUAAUCAGAGGUUGGAUUUUGCAGCGCUACUGAGAUUUAUUUUUACCUGCGCUUGUUGACUGUCGUGUGAAUUAUCCACAAGAAAUCAUUGCUCCCAUCUCAAAGAGGUGAAAAUACUCUUAAAAAAUAUUAGAAUACACCAAGCAGUGUUUUUAGUUUUCAAAACUGCUUUUACUCUGUUACCUGUCAUUUGAUAGAAUUCUGAUUAGUGCUGCACAAUAGAAAAGUUGAGGUUUUUUGUUUUCACUAAUCCUGAUUAACGCUCGAAAAGACUCUUGAUUACAGUAAUUUUAAUAAUGUAAAUUUGUUUGUGAUAUGGCUUUAGUCUUUAAUCCCCUUUGGCAUUCCAUUCAAAGGGAGAUGAAAAAUUCAGGGAUUUGUAACAUUUAAAUCAGUCGUUCCAUGAAUGCUUCUCUGGCAGUUUUUCUCUGACGUGAAAUAAAAAAUACCCAGUGGGUAUAACAGAAUGUUUUGCUAUCAAAUUAGAUACAUGUUUGCAUGAUUUUUGUAGAAAAACAGCCUAAUAUCAAGCAUUUUCUCUUUAUAAGAAAGCAUAUGUGCAUAAGAGAAACUGGAAACAAUAUAUUUGAGAUAUCUUUGCCAUUCCUUUAGCUGUUUCAAAGUAUGGUUUUCACCAUGAGCUUUAUAUAAAUAUUUUCAUAGUCAAUAUUCACAUUCUUUUACGUAUUACCCCAAAUUCUUAUUUCUAUUUGUAUUUAUAAAUAUAUAAUUUUAAAACUAUCCAGUUAUAUUUCUAAAGUAUUCUUAACUGCAUUUAACAAUAGGAAAUCAGAGUUAAUGUUUUUGCCUGAAAUACUAAUCAGUUUUGAGCAUAAUUCUCAACAUUUUAAGGCCAAGUAGAGUAAUCUUAAUUAUUAGUGUUAAAGUAAAUCAGUUUGUAGCGGUAUUUCACCAAACUGCUUCAGACAAAAAAAAAAAGGGGGGGUCAUUUUUUUGCUACACUUAAGGUACUGAAAUUUGGGGAAUAAAGAGUUGCAGAAGACAAACCACAAGUGUGUGGUGUCUUACACAGCAGAGGAGGAGAGCGUGCUGGUUUUCAAACUCCCUGCUCUAGUGAAAUAUAGAUAUAUUUUUAUUAUUUAACAGCUUCUUUUAAUUUUCAAGUUUCUAAUGUCAUCAGUGAUUCAUGUUCAUUAAAAUCAAUUUCAUUAAUGUCAGUUGUAUUUGCUUAAUUUCUAUUUCACUGUGCUAAUACUAAUGUUUUGUGUGUUUAUGUAUAUCGAUAUGGAAUUAUAUUAUGAAUAUAACCCAACCUUCCUUGGCUACCAAUGGGAAAAAAAAUGAUCUGCUCUUUUGCCUUAAGUAUUUCAAAGGGAAAAACAUGGCUGAGCAAAAAAACAUCACCCCAGUUUUUCCUCCAAGCCCACUUUUGUCUAAAGUAAUGAGGCCAUAGUCAGUUGGCUCCAAAAAGCGUUGUGAUUUGGUGUGACGUACAGUGAAUCAUUGCAGAUCCAUUCGGACUGCAUUCGUUAUUUUAAUGAGACAAAGGCAAAUCUGUUUUUUGGCCGCAAACCUUAAGAUGCAAGCAUAAUGCGAAAUGUUUGUUGAUUGCCACAAGGCAACUGACAUUAUAGAUUUUUAUCGCCAUCAUUAUGUGGCUUAAAACUCACCACAUCCCAACAUGUUUAGCCCCUUCCCUUUUCUCCUGCGAAUGACAGGGAAGUUGCAAUGCUGACAUUUAAAAGCCAAAAGCUCAUCUGUUUAAUUCCUGCGCUUAUUAAAACCUUACGUUGCAUCCU